CUGUAAUUAUAGACAGGAUUCAAGAAUAAAUUUGUAUUUAUUCUUCUGAUUAUUGUUCAUUUAGUUAGAGUUCAAAUGUUAAUAUCAGUAAAAGUAUAUGUUUUUGUUUCAACAUUGUUUUCCUUUGAUGCAGUAAACAUGAAUUAGUUUUGAUAAAGUAUGUACAUACAAACUAUUUAAACUAAUAAUCUUUAAGAUUUUACUUGAUUGAUAAUGAAAGUACACUCAGAUACAAUACAUUAAAAUUUAACAUGGUUCUAUUAUUAAAAUGAAAAAUGUUGUUUAUAGAUUUCAUUCUAAAGAUAAAUUUGUAAUGUUACAAAGAUAAUGUUUUGUAAUGUUACUGUAAAUGAUCUAUAACUCAAGGUUAGAAAAGUUCAUAUUGUAAUCAGUGAUUGUGACAUCAUUUGGUGAUAGCAGUUUACGGAGUAUAAAAUCUCUCUACUGUAAUGAAUUUUCUUAGUUUCUUCAUAUUGUUCCAUGUUGUUGAUAGUGCUAACACUUCAUAAUAAUAACAUAAUAGCUACAGUGCAUAGACUACAAUAAUAUUCACAUUUUGGUAUUAAAUAUUAAAAUGUAUUGUUCUUUGAGAGUAACACAGUGUUCAAAACAAUUGUGUAAACAUAGUAAAAUACCAUUACAUAUACAUAAAUAUAAUAGUACUACAGCAACAAAUAUUGAAAGGCUACUUCCUCAAAAAGAUGAGUUUCAAAACAGACAUAUUGGGCCUAGAGAAUAUGAAUUAACAAAAAUGUUGCAAACUAUUGGUUUUAAGAAUCUUGAAGAAUUAAGCAAAACUGCUAUACCAGGUCAUAUCCUUCAUACUAAAGAUUUAAAUAUUGAACAGCCAAUUACUGAAUAUGAAUUAAUUAAAAGAAUAACAAAAAUUUCGGAAAAGAAUGAAGUGUGGCGUUCUUAUAUUGGAAUGGGUUAUCAUAACUGUUGUGUACCUCAUACCAUAAUGAGAAAUAUUUUUGAGAACCCUGGAUGGACAACACAAUAUACACCUUAUCAGCCAGAAAUUUCUCAAGGUAGACUUGAAGGAUUAUUAAAUUAUCAAACUAUGAUAUGUGAUUUGACUGGAAUGCAAAUGGCAAAUGCAUCUCUUUUGGAUGAAGGAACUGCUGCAGCAGAAGCUUUGGCUCUUGCUCAUAGGCAAAAUAAGAGAAAAAAAUUAUUUGUGUCUGAUAAAGUGCAUCCUCAAACAAUUGGUGUUAUUGCUACUCGUGCUACUUCACUUGAUCUUGAUCUAGAAAUUGGAAAUAUUUUUCAUAUUGAUACUAGCAAGAAGGAUAUAUCUGGUAUUCUUUUGCAAUAUCCUGAUACAACUGGAUCUAUCUAUGAUUUCUCUGAAGUUACAAAAAAAGCACAAGCUGAUGGAACUAUUGUUUGUGCUGCCACUGAUUUAUUGGCAUUAGCUCUAAUUGAACCACCAAGUAAAUUUUCUGUAGAUGUUUGCAUUGGAACAAGCCAAAGAUUUGGUGUACCACUUGGAUAUGGAGGUCCUCAUGCAGGAUUUUUUGCCUGCAAAAAAGAAUUUGUACGUUUAAUGCCUGGUAGAAUGGUAGGGGUCACAAGAGAUUCUAAUGGGCAAAAUGCAUACCGUUUAACUCUUCAAACGCGCGAACAACACAUCAAACGAGAUAGAGCAACUAGUAAUAUCUGCACUGCACAAGCAUUAUUAGCAAAUAUGUCUGCAAUGUAUGCUGUGUAUCAUGGUCCUGAAGGAAUCAGAAAUAUUGCUUCAAGAAUACAUAAUUUGACGAUAAUUCUUGCUAAAGGUUUACAAUCUGCUGGGAAUAAAAUAAAUAAUAAGUAUUUUUUUGAUACUAUACAGAUAUUACCAAGUAUUCCACUAAAUGUUUUAAAAGACAAUGCCAGUAAAGCUAAAAUUAAUUUAAGGUACUUCCCAGAUAAAUCAAUUGGUAUAUCUCUUGAUGAGACAACUACAAUACAGGAUGUGAAUGAUCUCCUCAACAUUUUUUCUACAAACAUGACAGUUGAAGAAAUUAUUAAAUCUAAUUCUUUAAAUAAUCAAUCCUUGGAUCAUUCCUCUUUUAAGCGUACUUCUUUAUAUUUACAACAUCCUGUAUUUAAAACUCAUCAUUCUGAAACCAGAAUAGUAAGAUAUAUGAAGUAUUUGGAAAAUAAAGAUGUAUCUCUUGUGCAUAGUAUGAUUCCUUUAGGUUCUUGUACAAUGAAACUGAAUUCAACAACCGAAAUGAUGCCGUGUAGCUUACGAGGAUUCACAGAUAUACAUCCUUUUGCACCAAUAGAGCAAGCACAAGGAUAUCAACAAUUAUUUUCAGAAUUAGAAGAAGAUCUUUGUGCCAUAACGGGAUAUGAUAAUAUUAGUUUUCAACCAAAUAGUGGAGCUCAAGGUGAAUAUGCAGGUUUAAGAGCUAUACAUUGUUAUCAUGAAUCAAGAGGAGCUAACCAUCGAAGAGUUUGUUUGAUUCCUGUAUCUGCUCAUGGAACAAAUCCAGCUUCUGCACAAAUGGCUGGCAUGCAAGUGAAACCUAUAUUUGUAUGCAAAGAUGGUUCUAUCGAUAUUGUACACUUGAAAGAAUUAAUAGAAAAAUAUCAGGAAACAUUAUCAUGUUUAAUGAUAACAUAUCCAUCAACAAAUGGAGUAUUUGAAGAUACCAUUGGAGAUAUAUGUACUUUAGUUCAUAAUGCUGGUGGUCAAGUAUAUCUCGAUGGUGCAAAUAUGAAUGCUCAAGUUGGUUUAUGUCGACCUGGAGAUUAUGGUAGCGACGUAUCACAUCUUAAUUUACACAAAACAUUUUGUAUACCUCAUGGUGGAGGUGGUCCUGGAAUGGGACCAAUCGGUGUGAAGAAACAUCUUGCACCUUUUCUUCCAAAUCAUCCUGUGAUAAAUUCUACGGUUAACAAUGUAAAAACUUUAAGAGAAUCUGGUGCUGUAUCGGCAGCUCCUUUUGGUUCGUCUGCUAUACUACCAAUCUCAUGGGGUUAUAUAAAAAUGAUGGGACCAAAAGGUUUACGUAAAGCAACACAAGUGGCUAUUCUUAAUGCAAAUUAUAUGAGUAAGAAAUUAGAAAACUAUUACAAAACACUAUAUAAAGGUAGAGCAGGAUUAGUUGCCCAUGAAUUUAUCUUGGAUGUACGAGACUUUAAGAAGACUGCAAAUAUUGAAGCAGUAGACAUAGCUAAAAGAUUAAUGGAUUAUGGUUUUCAUGCUCCUACUAUGAGUUGGCCUGUAGCAGGGACUUUAAUGAUUGAACCAACUGAAUCAGAAGACAAAGCUGAACUAGAUAGAUUCUGUGAUGCUCUUAUUUCCAUAAAAAAUGAAAUUAAUAAUAUCGAAAACGGCAAGUUUGAUAUAAUUCAAAAUCCUUUAAAGAACGCACCUCAUACACAAUUACAAGUUAUUGUAAAAGAUUGGGAUUUACCAUAUUCUCGAGAAAUAGCUGCUUUCCCUGCUCCAUUUGUAAAGAAGAGUAAUAAGAUUUGGCCUAGCGUGGGUCGAAUAGAUGAUACAUAUGGAGAUAAAAAUUUGUUUUGUAUCUGUCCACCUGUUGCAUCAUAUUAAUUAGUUGCUUCAAAUAUUUUUUUUGUACAGUUAUUUAUAAUAGAUUUACAUAAGUAUUUAUUUAUAUUUUUGUACACAUAUAGUAUCAUUUGUAUAUAUGUGUAUAUAUAUAUAUUAU